GCGAGCGCAGUGCUGCUCGCGACGUUGGAAAACGCGCGCGUUUGUGUCUCUCAUUCUCGACACUACGAUAUCGACACUAAACUUACCGUGAAGAUCAAAGUUUCGAUUGGUGACAGUUCUUUUUUAAAUAUAGACUUACUUAGUUCCUUUGUGUCUGUGAUUUGAAAAGCUCUAGAAAGUUUAUAAAGUGCACAAUCGUUUAUAAAGCACUUUUUCCAAGUUGUACACCGGAGCCGUUGGACUAACUGUGAGGGCCGUGAAUGCCGGGCCGCGUGGAUGGCGGCGCACGCAUGCCGCUCGCUCGCUCUACUGCUUGCUGUCGCCACUCUAGCACUAGCUAGGUAUGCAGAGUUGGAGUCAUGGCGCGGCGCGGGGCGGCCGGCGACGCAAGCGCAGGAAGCAGAGGACGAGCGGCGCGACGCCGAGCUGCUGGCCGCCGUGCGCGCCUCCAUGCGGCAGUGGGAGAUAAAGCGGGCGCGGACUAGAACAAAGCGGUCACAAGGAUCUGUGUGCUACGGAGAUUUCGGUUGCUUCGAGGAUGCGGGCCCAUUCGCCUACCUGGAAACUCUGCCCAGUCCGCCGCAGGAGGUCGGCACGCACUUCCUUCUCUACUCCACUGUCAGCAGAGGUGACCAGCCGCUGUUGGCGGUGUCAGCUGGCAACAUGUCGGCGGCGUGGAGUUGGGCAGCGCGCGCCUUCGACGCGGCGCGACCCACGCGCGUCAUCGUGCACGGGUUCGGUUCCAACUGUGACAACGUCUGGGUUUACGAGAUGCGAUCCGCGCUUAUGGCUGUUGAGGAAUGUAACGUGGUAUGUGUAGACUGGGAAGGUGGAGCAUCAAUGCCGAACUACCUCCGAGCGGCAGCGAACACCAGACUAGUAGGCAAGCAGCUAGCAAUGCUGUUACAAGGUCUAGCAGACCAUAUUGACCUGCGGUUCGAAGACGUCCAUUUGAUCGGGUUCAGUCUGGGAGCACACGUGGCCGGCUUCGCGGGCUCUGAACUUAGGAACAUCAGCCGGAUUACAGGAUUAGACCCAGCAGGACCACUGUUUGAAUUCCAAGACCCCAGGGCGCGACUGGACCGUACAGACGCGAAGUUCGUGGACGUGAUCCAUUCUAAUGGUGAAACCCUCAUUCUGGGCGGGCUGGGCGCCGCUCAGCCACUGGGCCAUGUUGACUUCUAUCCCAACGGAGGGAGGGUGCAACAUGGAUGCUCUAACUUAUUCGUUGGUGCGGUAUCAGACCUAGUACUGCCGUGGGCAGCGGCGUCGCCCGAAGGUCGUUCUCUGUGCAACCACCGACGAGCCUACAAGUUCUUCACCGACUCCGUAUCUCCUAAAUGCCACUUCCCCGCUUUUCCUUGCUCCGAUUACGAUACUUUCCUUGAGGGUAAAUGCUUCCCGUGCGGUCCGGACAGACGCUGCGGCAACAUGGGUUACUACGCCGACCGCUCUUUGGGUCGAGGACAACUGUAUCUACUCACCAGGGAAGAAGAACCUUUCUGUGCGCACCAGUACCACGUGUCGGUGUUCGCGGGCAACCAGCCGGGAGAGAAGCCCAACUAUGGCCGCGUCACGCUCACUCUGCACGGAGAUUCGGGACUUAAUGAGUCGUUCCCUAUGAACAAACGUGAAGACCUAUCGAACACGUCGGUGCGGUUUACACGCGUCCUGGUGCCACACCCGGCUCUAGGCGUGCCUCUCCGCGCCACCGUCCACUACGCCGGCUACUCUGGCUGGCUGACCGCCGGCCUUAAGAACAUCCACGUCGACAAGAUACUUAUCGCUGAUAGCUUCGGCAAGACGUCCUCGUUCUGCAAAAAAGGUAUGCAGCUGCUUUCUGAGGAAUCCGUCGAGCUGCCGCUGUAUCCCGGUGACUGUCAAAUUCGAGAGGACGAGGAACCUUUGAACUCGACGAGUAGCGACCGAGACUACGUCAUCAGUAAGGCGAACGCUACCAAAGGUCCUUCGGUGGAUCCUCACGACAACGAGUUGCCCGAAGAGCCUCCACAGCGACCCUUCCAGCUUGUCGACACGUACGAGUGGACCGGCGGUGAGAGCACCGGCCGAGCGUUCGGCAUGACCAAUACCAAAAUAUCUCCCGGCGGAGGCAUCGAAAUCGCCGAACCUAUCCUGAAACCUCGGCCGCGAAAGACGCCCCGACAGAGAGCGGAUUCCGUAGAUGACGCACCAGAAAUAUCCGAGCCUCUGCUUCGUCCGACCCAAUCUCCACGCACAACGCUACCACCCUCGCGAAAAGCCAAGAAUUACGACAUGUCUACCAUACCCACGAUAGACGCGCGGUGGGGCGAGCGCGCAGAGAAACAGGAGCCCAGUUUCGCCGUACAGUUUCUGCCCGCGCGGCUCGCCUCCUUCAUCUCUCGGGCCGAACGCUACGCCAGAGACACUCUCUUGCCUUUAGUUUCCGCGUACGCGCCCCGAUUACCCAUCUUCGGUUCACGGGAGCUGCCUAAACCUACCGCCAGAUACAUUCCCACCGAGGACAUGAACGUCACCAGUUCAGUACCGGUGCCGACGCCGACGUUGGAGAUGAAAAUCGAGACUUUACGGUCGGUGGGUCCGCCCGGGGAGAAGCGCCUGAUGGAGUCGCCUGAGGAGCCGGAGAUAACUACGCCGACGACCACCACGACGACGACGGUGGCGACGACGACGGCACGGCUACCGCCAGGGGGCGCGCCGGCCGCCGCCAGCACGGCGCUACCGUCGGUGGCGCUCAAGGGCGACGGCGAGAAGAUAGUGAUAGUGUACCCUCUCAACACGCGCGACGAGCGCAAGAUCCGCUCGCACUCGUUCCCGGAGGAGCUGCAGUUCGAGGCGCUGUACCGGCACACGGCCGCGCCCGCCGCCGCGCUGCACGUCGACCUGCCCACCUUCACGCCGCCCACCGCGGACCCCACCACCGCCUCCCCUCGACACAGUGAAGCUAGGUACAUUCCCGUACCGUUCCCGAAUUCUCAGAGUAAGGACGCCAAAUUGACGUGAAAAUAGUCAUCGUAGUAGUUUUUAGUUCGAUUGGAUCUUUGUAAACUCAGUAUUCUCUCUGAACAGAUGAGCUCUGUAGUUUUAAAGGUGGUUUGAAGCACACCGUUAAUUUUGUAUAAUAUUAGUCUUAUUUUCGACCGCAAUGAGUCUUACCAGUGCAAUGUUCCAAACUGCCAAUUGUUGAACAAAAAAUGCCUCGGCUAGAUAGAACAAAAUUGUUAAUUGUAAAUAUUUAGGUCUUACGUUUAGAAUAAGUAAACUUUUUUACAAAAUAAAACUUAUUUAUUGUACAA